GUGAGUGGGCAAGUUUAGUAAAUGAAGUACGUUCUAUUUUGAAAAAAUUAACCGGAAGUCCUUUCUUGUUGUUAGAGUUACACAGAACAACCCAGGCAGACAGCUGCUCCUCAAAAGAAUGUAGGACCAUGGAGGUAUCCCCCGGCACAACACUGGAUAUAUUUACCUGUUUUUUCCUCAGUUGAAGGUAUGAAAACACGUUUGAAACAUCACAACUUCGCAGCAUGGAGCUAUAAUGCAGUUUACACGUGAAGAAGCAACUCGUCCGAGCAGCGGAGUUUUCUUUGGUCAAACUGGAAUUACACUCGCUCCGUAAACAGAGGCUUCUGGGAUUCUCAGUUGUGCCACAGGAGUAAGGACUCAGUCUUUUUGUCAGGAAUAGCUGCUCCCUCUUCCCAGACACCGGUAUCCUUGGCAACCACCCCAGGGCGCCCUCGACUUCGAACUCGCACCCCUUCAGAGCUUGAUUGUUGCCAGUCCAACGGAGCACUUUGCUUUAUCAACCCCCUCUUCAUCAAGGUUCACCAACCAGAUGGUGACGACAGCACCACUUCACGUCCCUCUGGUACAGCAAAGGAAAACCAGAGGGAGGAACCCGUUAGCGACAGCCUAGAAACCAACAACAAGGACCCUCAACAUCAUCCUCAGGUCUCAGAUCAGGCAGGUCAAAGCAACCCUCAGAGUCUUGAUAGGAACCCAAAGCUACAGGACCAUAACAGCCCAACCAGCAGCAGCAUUCAGAAACUAAGUAAGCCACGGUCCCCACCUCCACGUCCACCCCCACCUCAAAUUGUGCCGCAAAUAUCAGCCCCUCCAAUCCGACAACGCAGUAUGCCAGAAAAGAUCGCCUGGAUCAACUUCCCGAAGGGGAAGGGGGAAGAGAGGGGCAGCAGCCUCCUUUCCCGUCUGAGCUCUUCCCUCAGCAUCAGCCCCUCGUCCUCCCCUCCCAAGAGACUCAGCAUCAGCUCCCCCAUUUCCAUCCCCCGGCCCUCCCUGCCCAUGACUCUGCAGUCUCUUUCCUGCUCAUCACGUCAGGCUAAGGCCUCACCGUCGUCUAGCCAUGAGGAGGCCCAAUGCCACUUGGCGCUGGAGGACCAGACCAUUGAGAAGGCCGUCAUCAGGGCCAGACUCUCUCAGCGUAAUGCUAACAGAAACCCCCCCCUGGACUCCAGCAGUCCUCCAGACCCUUCAACAACAAGCAAGCAGGCAGAUGUGCCAGGAGCAGAAGAAGAAGAAGAAGAAGCAGGUGAGGAAUGCAGCGGGGGCGGCCAGCGUCUGAGCGACAUGAGCCUUUCCACCGAUUCCUCAGACUCUCUGGACUUCUCUCAGUCUUCAGUCUUUUUCCUUCCUCCUCUGCAUGAUCCCAGUCCCCCCACCAUGGCUGACUUUGACACCCACCUCCCCCUCUCCAUCCCACCAUCCCACCUGCCUUACUCCAGCAUGGAGGAGGAUGACGAUGAUGAUGACGAAGACGAGGAUGAAGAGGAGCAUGACUAUGGUGUCAGUCUUGAGAGCGACCAGGACCAAGACCAGGACUUGACCAUGGUGCCACCAGGCCACCGCACGAGGCGCCGCCCCAGUGCCAGCGCUUUGGUCCUGCAGAGGGCCCUGCGAGGGCAUCUUCGCAAGAUGAGUGGAGUGUUCAACUCUCUGCUGACGCCCGAGAAGAGGGCCAUCCGCAGGGUGGUGGAACUAUCAAGGGAUAAGAGCUCGUACUUCGGCUGCCUGGUGCAGGACUACCUGAGCUACAUGAGCGAGGGUGCGGGCACCCAGGCUUGGCAGGGCUACGCCUCCGGACUGGAGCUGCUGCAGACUCUUCGUCAGUUCAUCACUCAGAUGAAGAGCUACCUGAGACAGAGCUCCGAGUUGGAGCCACCAAUCGAGAGCCUCAUUCCCGAAGACCAGAUCGACCAAGUCCUGGAGAAGGCCAUGCACAAGUGCCUCCUGAAGACCCUCAAGCCGGUGGUGAGCGUGGCCCUGAAGGAGUUCCAGGUCCGCAGCGGGGAGUGGCUGGAGCUGAAGGAGAACCUGGCCUUAGCCAAGGCCCGGCUGCCACAGGAAAUGGGCGUGGCCGACACGCUGCCCCCGGACCCCGUGGCUAUAGAGAAGAUCAAGCACAAGUUCCACACCAUGAUCAAACUGUACUCCCCCGAGAAGAAGGUCAGCGUGCUGCUGAGGGUCUGCAAACUCAUCUACACCAUCAUGGAGGACAACUCAGGUCGUCUGUAUGGAGCUGAUGACUUCCUGCCUAUGCUGACCUACGUGUUGGCCCAGUGCGACAUGCCCCAGCUGAACAAUGAGAUCCUCUACAUGAUGGAGCUGCUGGACCCCUCUCUGCUUCAUGGAGAAGGUGGCUACUACUUGACCAGCGCAUAUGGAGCCAUGUCCCUGAUUCAAAACUUCCAGGAGGAGCAGGCGGCCAGAGUGCUGAGCUCUGAAACCAGGAACACGCUCCACCAGUGGCACCGCCGGCGCACCACCCAGCGCUUUGCUCCGUCCAUCGAUGACUUCCAGAACUACCUGCGGGUGGCGCUGCAGGAGCUGGACAGCGGCUGCACCGCCAAGACUCUCCAGGUCCGACCGUACGCCUCCGUGGACGAGGUGUGCCGUCUGUGUGCCCAGAAGUUCAAAGUGUCGGACCCCCAGAACUACGGCCUGUUCCUGGUGAUGGAGGGCAGCAGCCAGCAGCUGGCGCCGGACACCCACCCUCAGAAGAUUAAGGCGGAGCUCCACAGCCGCUCGCAGGCCACGCCGUUCCACUUCGUCUUUCGCCGAGUGGCCCCGUCUGCAGCUGCCCUCGAUCUCACACCCAACCUCAACAACCUCACUGGGACUCCUGACCCCCUGGACAACCUGCGUGCCCUCAGCAGAGACCUGUCCCCCCCCUCCCCCGAGCCCACUCUCAUCUCAGGCCUCAGUCCUACUCUGAGCCUCAGCCUGCCCACCACCAAUGGCAACUCUAUUUCUGUAUGAUUGUAACAGGGGGCUAGUGGACAGUUGGCCAUGGUUUUGUCUCCCAGUAUUGACAAUAUGUCCUUUUAUCUCGAACAAACAAAGGGCAAACGAUGCGUCUUUACAAAGCCUUACUUCUGCAUUUGGAUUUGACCUCAAUUUGGGUCUCUCAGACAGACGAGGGUGAAAGAGGAAAAGGACAGGAGGGAAGGAAACGAGAGGAAAGGACGUUUAUACAACUUCAAUGGUUCUCUGUUUGGCCUCAGAGCAACACUUUACUGAACACUGCCCUCAAGGUCUUAACCAUUAAGAUAAGAUGUUUAAGAUAAGUGUGUUAAAGACGACAUGAACACUUACAUGUGUUCACAGCAGCUCUUCAUAUUCAGGGUCAGCUGUUCUUGUUGUUACCUGUAAGGUCUAUAGAGGGAAAUCAGAUCCCCAAUACAUGAGGGGACUAUUCUUUGAUCAAUCAUUUUCAAUAUGCAGCAGAUUGUUUGUUUAGUAAAUAGGUUUUAAUAUGAUUUAUUUGUAACAGUUGCUGGUCAACUGUGUUAUGUUGUGUGUGUUUUGAAACUGUACAUUCUUUAGAUCGUUGAAAUGUUUAGAUGGGUUGGGCGACACCCAGUGGUGACUGGUGCACAUUGGAAGAGUUGUAUUCAAAGCACCAUUUAUGGCCUCAGACGUGAAAAAAUAAGCAUCAACAUGAAUGUAGAACUGAACUGUAUAACCUUUAGCCCCAACUCACCAAGGCUGCCGUUAUUAGAAAAGGAAUCUGCUCCUAGGUCUUUUCUUAUCCACUUUUCCUCAACCUCAGCAAAACACGUUAUAGGGUAAAGCAAAGAUGAGAAGGAGAACUCAUCAGGACAAUUGUUUAACAAACGACCACCUCAUGCUGUAAUGAAGAGGUUUUCCUCCCAAACAAGCACAGACGUGAUGGUCGGCUCUAGUUCAAAUGCAACUUUUUUACCAUGAUUCAUGCCACAUGAGGCAACUCAAUAGUUGUUGUUUUUUGCGUUUUUGGGCCUUUAAGGAAAAACAUUUGUUAUUUAAAAAUAGAUUAUAAAGUGGUUUAAAAGGGCACUACCUUUCUGAAAUUGAUGCUUACAAAAACAGAGUAUGAGUAAAUAUGUUGUUAACCCUUAGAUGCAUAAGUGGGUAUUUUUUGACCCGGUGAGGUGGUUUUCUUGAAGUAUCUUUGUAAUUACAUUUUUUUAUCAUUUCAUAUUCCAGCUAUUCCUCAAAAAACAUGUUUUGGAUAUCAUGCCAUUCAAAUUUUGAAUUUUAAUUGUAUACAUUUUAAGAGAUUGUAGUUUUUGUAUUACGACCCCAAGCUUCCAUAAGUGGGUCAAAAAUUACCCGCAUGCAUUUUUAUGGAAUUUCGUUUUUUUUUCAAAAUGUAAAACAAAAAUUAGAAAUAGUGAAAAAUUAAAUAUAAAAUAUUUCUAGUGUGAACCAAAAUAUAAUACUAAAUAUUAUACAAGCGAUUUUUCUUAACCAAAAUGGCAUCAAAACACAUAUUAUUCUAAUACGGCUCCUUUUUGACCCACUUAUGGAAGAGUGAAGGGUCCAGUCACUCGUGCAUCUAAGGGUUAAAUAUAUAUUUUUUUUAAAUAUUUUGUAAUUGUAAUUUUUUUGCUCGUGUUGAUACAUGUAAUAUAGUUAAGUGAAAAUAAGACAAAAUACAAUAUAUUAAAGUUUAAGUAGAGAGCUGUGCAGAUUUUAAAAAAGGACAGAAAUGUGCAAAAUACUCAGAGGCAAUGCCAACCAUACCCACAAUGCAAUGCUCCAUAAAUUAUAAAAAACUAGUGUAUAAAGACUUCUGUUCUUUGUUUUCUGGAAAUAUCAGAGCCAAACUGUGCCUUUAUCAAAUCUAUGUUUUAGCGACAUGCAGCAUGUGCAUCAAGUUGCAGGUCAACCCCAUCGAUGAAAGAUAUCAUAUUUGACAUUUGUACAUAAAAAUCUUAGGAAUUAACAUUUUAAAAUAUUGUUCUUGCUUGUAGUUUGUGUUAAAGUGUAAUGUUAGAAACAGACAGGUCUUCCAGUGUUUAACAUUCAUGUAUAUAUGUAGUGAUUAUCCUGGGGAUAUUAAGAUGAUUUAUCAUACCUGAUAUAUUGCUUACUUGUUAAAGGGCAUUGUGUUCAAUUGACAAAAUGUGAGCAAGGAACAACUGCGGCUGCCACAUUACAUUUUUAACAAGUCUCUGAACUACUGACAAAUGUUAAAGGUUUAUAUCGGGGAAAUAAUGGUCAGUAUGGCUCUCGUAGAUAUUUGGAAAGAGGUGAAUAUUACUGGGCUAGUCCCACUCUGUACUCAAGUCUACAUAAGUAUUGAGCUUAGUGCUGUAGAUAAAAAGAAAUACUUGAAAUGUUUUUAUGAAUUGAAAGGUUCCAAUAGUUACAAAAUCGCAUUGACAUGCUGUUAUUUUCUGAGUGUAAUGAACUGAAACGCUCCAUUCAUUUCUGUUUAACAAUGACAGAGGUAAAUGUCUACAGUGAGGUCAGAAGAGAGGAAUCCCGAAGCGUUGGGCCUUCAUCCUCAGUUUGUAACGCUUCUGUAUAUAUGGCUUCGGGCAAGUGUUCAACAUACUGCCAUGUCGUUGGUCAUAAACAGUUUUCUUUGAUAGAGCAAAGGGAGUAUUUAUAAGUCUCUGUGCGGGGAUUUUUCACAGAAGCCUUUUUCCAUGUCUAUGAUAUUCUCUAUGGUGUCAAACUGUCAUUUGCAUCAAGGUGACAUCUUUCUGUUUAUUAUUUGUCAUUGAAUGAUAUCGUAAACAUUCUUUUGCACUUAAUAAAUGUUUAAAAUUGA